CACGUUAGAAACCUUAUCAAACCCACCAACCACUCCAAAUCACCAAGAAACCAAGCAAAUCUUUGUUUUUUGUUUCUGUUUUGUGUUGUGUAAUUUCCCCCUAGCCACCACCAAUGGCCAACAAAGAGAUGGAAGUUGUGAAGGGUUUGGAUUUGCAAAGGUACAUGGGGCGUUGGUAUGAGAUAGCCUCUUUCCCUUCAAGGAAUCAGCCCAAGGAUGGUGAGAACACCAGAGCCACAUACACUCUUAGGAAUGAUGGUACUGUGCAAGUGCUCAACGAGACUUGGAGUAAUGGCAAGAGAGGGUACAUACAAGGAACUGCUUAUAAGGUUGACCCCAAAAGUGAUGAGGCCAAGUUCAAGGUCAAGUUUUAUAUUCCUCCCUUCUUGCCCAUUAUACCUAUAAAUGGGGACUACUGGGUUUUGUUCACUGACGAUGAAUAUCAGUAUGCUUUGAUUGGCCAACCAAGCAGGAAUUACCUUUGGAUAUUAAGCAGGAAACCCCAUCUGGAUGAUGAGAUCUACAACGAGCUUGUUCAGAGAGCUAAGAAUGUAGGAUAUGAUGUGAGCAAACUCCGCAAGACCCCACAGAGCGAUCCUCCACCAGAGGAAGAAGGCCCUGAUGACACCAAAGGCAUUUGGUGGCUCAAAUCCAUUUUUGGAAAAUAGGCCUACACCAUUAUGAUAUAUAAUUUAUAACAAUGAAAAUGUAUUUCAAUUACAUAUGUAAUGAGUAGACAGAUUAAGAAACUUCAAUUGGGCUGUUUUAUUAAGUUAGAGCAAACUCAGUUAUAUAUGUAUUGGCUUGCUCUGUAAUAUGUAUAUAAAUUUUUGUGUGGUGUGGCACUGUGGUUGUUGCUUGAUUCACUCAUGUCUUGCUACUUUUGCUCUUAAGAAUUAUAGGUUGUAUA